AUGAGGCUGCUAUUCUACAGUUGUUUCGUCUGUCUUGUUGCUUCGGCUACAAGUGGACUCGUAUCUAGACAAGAGCUACAUGAAGAUUUCACUGCCAUCAACUCAAGCUCCAAAGUCUCGAUUGCCGCCGCAGAUCCUGUACUUGCUGUCGACACACCACCACCCCCAGAUCAUGACCCCAUAUGGCACAAGGCUUACUGUCGCGGCGCCGCCCUUGUCCGAGCCAUGUCUCUCGACGAAGAAGAAAGCAACACGAUGCUGCAAUGGCCUUAUACACAAAGCCCAUGGGACCGUGAUCUAAAGCCCGAACUGAGGAAAUGGGGUUGGCUCGAUGACGAAGAGGAGAAUGCGAAGGUUGACGACUCAUGUGACUUCGAUGAGACGUUAAAGAUGAAGAACACUUUCGAUGCUCUCGAUGCUGAUACGCGACCUGCGGGGAAGGGUGGACCGAAUCAUUGCUUCAGAUUACAGCAUAGCAAUGGGCCUACGGUCAUUCUAGACAAGAAUGGGAAGAUGCCUUAUCUGUCCAGUCAGCGUUACGAGGCGGAUGGGAAAACGUACAGGGUCACCGGCGCCUACAGUACCGUAGGCAUAAACCGCAACGACGGUAUUCUCUAUUUCCUCAACCGAAUGUCACCCGAGCAAGGAGCCACAGAUCUUUGGAAUCUGAAACCGGACCAAGUCGAUAAAGCCGACUCGCCCAAGAUACGCUCGAGCUCUGAUCUAGCUUGGGCGCUUUGGAACAGGGUUCCCGGCGAACCGAAGAUCAAGAUGAUCAUGGCUCUCCAGAUUGUUAAUACGCAAACGGCGGAGACGAUUAUACCGAAGGCUCUGGAAGCGGUGGGAGAAACGGAGCUGAAGAGAUGGCCUGGGACGGAAGUUGUUGUGGGGUCGGAUAAUGAGGCUGAGGCUGAAGCUGCUCUUGUGCUUAUUGGUUCGCCCAAUGGACUCGGCGCUGGUUACUUUCUUCUACAACACAAGAGGCAGCUCGGUGGCGCGAAUUUCAUUUACAAGAUCACGAUAUUUAGAAACGACGGCGAUGAGUUUGAUGAUGAGCCUAAUCUCAUUUUUCAUGUUGAUAAGAAUACACCACCGAUGCCGGAUGUGCAUGACACUCCUGGUGCGCCGGAGAAACCGGCGGAGAAGGGUAAUGCGGCGGUUAGAGAGGGUAGGGUAGUGAGGAGGAGUAGGGAUGGGAAGGAUUUGGUUAGGGAACAUGUUGUUUGGGCGAAGCUUUGA